AUGCUGAGUCCUCCGCCAUUCAUGAAAGCCUGCAACGAAACUCAUGCUUCCAGAGAAUGCAUCAAGGGGAGAAUGCAAACUGUGGUCGUCUCCGUCCUGAGGACACAUUUGCUCUCCAGGAUCACAGCAGCAAUAGUGCUGCUUCUUGUAAUGCUCCCUUAUAGUGUGGGCAAGGUGCAUUCUAUUAAUUGCAGCAUAUAUGACGAUCCUCUGCCUAUACCUCACAAAUAUUAUCAGCCGGGUGAUUUUGUCAUCGGAGAGAUUGUUUCUCAGGUCUUCCUCUUUCAAGACAGUCCCUCGUUCACAGAAGUGCCCACGCAGAUGUCCAUUGGUGAACCUGUAGAACCCCCAAAUCCUACCCAACAUCUCUUUGGGCUUCCACAUCCUCAAUGGCUACUAUGUGGCAAGGACGACAUACAAAGCCAGCCUGAGCCUCCUUUCCACACAACACAGCUGCAUAACUAUAUAGGGAGCAUCUUGUUCAACAACAGCGUCGGUGAGAGUGUAGCUUUUGAUGAAAAUGGAGAACUGAUUGCAGAUUUUGAUGUUACAAACUGGGUCACGUUCCCCAACGGCUCAUUCGUUAGAGUAAAAGUUGGAAGAUUGGCUCCUCGGGAUCCUUCAGGCAAAGAGUUAACAAUUAAUGAUGAGCAAAUUGAGUGGCAUAGAAGUUUUAACCAGGUGGUGCCCCUUUCUGUGUGCAAUGACUACUGCUAUCCUGGCUACAGCAGGAGAAAAAAGGAAGGGGAGAAAUUUUGUUGCUAUGAUUGUGCUCCAUGUCCUGAAGGGUUGAUCUCUCACCAGAUGGACAUGGCUGCUUGUGUCAAAUGUCUGGAAGAGGAGUACCCAAAUAAAGACCAAAAUCAGUGCAUUCCCAAGGUGUCCAGCUACCUCUCCUACAAAGAACCUCUAGGAAUCACUCUGGCCAUCUUGGUUGUUUCUUUCUCUUUGAUUACAACCUCAGUACUUGGGAUUUUCAUGAAGCACAGGGACACUCCCAUAGUCAAAGCCAACAACCGGACCCUCACUUACCUCCUCCUCAUUUCCCUCCUGCUUUGCUUCCUCUGCUCCUUCCUCUUCAUUGGGCAGCCUGGAAAGGCAACCUGCCUUCUCCGACAAACGGCUUUUGGCAUGAUCUUCUCUCUGUCCCUUUCCUCUGUUUUGGCAAAAACCAUCACGGUGAUUCUGGCAUUCAUGGCCACAAAACCAGGAUCCAGAAUGAGACAGUGGCUGGGGAAAGGACUGGCCAAUUCCAUUGUCCUUUCUGGUUUAUUUAUUCAAGCAAACAUUUGCAUAAUUUGGCUGAUUACUUCUCCUCCGUUCCCAGAUGAGGACAUGAACUCCCUGAAAGAGGAAAUCAUCGUGCAAUGUAAUGAGGGAUCAGCUUCCAUGUUUUACUGUGUCUUGGGAUACAUGGGCUUCCUGGGCAUUGCCAGUUUCACAGUGGCUUACUUUGCCAGGAAGUUGCCUGACAGUUUCAAUGAAGCCAAGUUCAUCACUUUCAGCAUGCUGGUGUUUUGCAGUGUUUGGUUGUCCUUUAUUCCAACGUACCUGAGCACCAAAGGGAAAUACAUGGUGGCUGUGGAGAUCUUCUCCAUCUUAUGCUCCAGUGCUGGAUUGCUGGGUUGCAUUUUUUCCCCCAAAUGCUACAUCAUUAUCUUAAGACCUGAGCUGAACAACAAGGAACAUUUGACAAGGAGAGAAAAGUAAAGAAUUUAAGCUUAUAAAUUUUUGCUGCUUCAUGUGAAGCUUGUGGUCCACCAAGACCCCUGGAUCCUUUUCACAUCUACUGCUAGUAAGCCAGGUGUUCCCCAUCCUAUAUUUGUGCAUCUGAUUCUUCCUGCCUAAAUGCAGAACCUGGCAUUUGUCAAUAUUGAAAUUCAUCUUGUUAGCUUGUGCUGAGUUCUCCAAUCUCUUCAGGUUAUUUUGAAUUCUGAUUCUGUCCUCUGCGGCAUUAGCUACCCCUCCCAGCUUGGUGUCAUCUGCAAAUUUGAUGAGCCUCCCUUCAAUUCCUUCAUCCAAGUCAUUCAUAAAGGCGUUGAACAACAACAGGCCCAGGACAGAAACCUGUGGCAACCCACUUAUCACGUUUUUUCUAGGAUGAUGAGGAACCAUUAAUGAGUUGGGUUUGCGUUCCGUCAGUCAACCAGCUACAAAUCCACCUAACAGUUACCUCAUUCA